AUUGUUUUGUUCCCUUGCACGGCAAAUCGCUCGGGCGCCUUACACUCCAAAUGCUUGGAGUUUUGCGUCAGUCUUCUUAAAAUUUCCCCACAAAACAACCACGAUUUCCAGCGAAGACUGGAUUUGGCUUUGGCACUACGAGAUUUUCGUCGCUCCUCGUUUCUUUUUGGGAGUUUGUCAGUUGUGGAAAAUCGAACGGGCACAAGUUAGGAAACCGCUGUGCUUUUACACUGGGUAAUGAGUUCAAGAAAUUGGAAGAGUGAAUCAGUGCAAAGCAGAAAGGCUGAUGCAUCAUGGUAUUACGACUUCAGUGAACCAAUUGAGAACGACCGCGCAAGGAGCACCAAUACACAGCUUGAAAUUUAUCUGACUGAGACGAACAUCAAGAAAGCCACUCUUGAAUUCGAAGAAGUCACACGGGAACCAAUAUUGUCGAGACGGAAAGAUUACUGCUGUCUCUGCUGGUGUUUCUGUUGCUCGUGCGACUGGUACUGCCCCGCUCGCCGUUUCAGAGUUGGAAGCAUGGAGACAGCGAAAGAUAACAAAUACAAUCCCAAACCUUCCAGAGAAGAAGUUCAAGAAUGGGGAAUAAGCUUUGAGAAAUUACUCACAAGUAAAACUGGGGUAAAAAUUUUCCACGACUUUCUCAAGUCCCAGUACUCAGAGGAGAACUUAUUGUUUUGGCUCGCAGUGGAGAAACUUAAAAAAGAAACAGAUCAGGCGACUUUCAAAGAACUCGCGCAGUCGAUUUACCGGGAUUACCUAUCAGCGGAGUCACCAAAAGAGGUCAGUAUCGACCACAAGACUCGCCAGCACAUCGAAGAAGUCUUGGAGGAACCCGACCAAACGGUGUACGACAAUGCUCAACGUCACGUCUAUUACGUCAUGUACCAGGACUGUUACCCAAGAUUCAUUGUGUCUAACGUGUUUAAGGCGCUUCUUAUCAGCAAUGACUGAUCAUGUGAUCUAAGACAAUAGCUUACUUUCUCUAGAAUAGAUUCGACGAAAAAUGACACGAAGUUAGAUUAAUAUAAAGCUAGAGAUACUUUCCUCAUCGUUUUUCUCCGUGAUUACGUCUGCAGUGAUGUCAAGAUUCCGAGAAAGUGGAGGGACAUUUUUUAUAAAACAUAACCGAUGAGACCCGACGUGGCCUUGUCGAUCAUGUACAUAGAAGAAGAAACAAGAGCUUCAUGCGAAUUGUUAAAUAAGUAAAUUGAAAAGUGCUUUUAGUGAGAGCAAGAUCCAAUGAAUUUUAAGGGCGUUAAACGUUCGUUGUGUUAGAGCCCACCAUAUAGAUUUAGUUUUGGGUUUUAAAGGGCGCGUCCGAGAGGCGCAAACCAAAAACUUAUCCGGCAUCGCUUUCCUUUGCUUCUGCGAUUCCCACAAGUUUCUACCGGUUUUCUGUUUUAACAAAUAUCAACCUUAAAAGUGUGUUCCCCAAUUUAAUGACAUUUUCAGGAUAGCUCCGAUAAGAGAACAAGGCAAAAAAAAUGUAGUUAUCAUUAAAAAAAAUAAAUAACUAUGACUCUUGUGCUGAA